CUCACAUGUAAAAUUCUUUGGUCUCCGCUGGUCUCUCGUGUCGGUCUAUAUAUACCAAUCCGUUCGAAUCUAUCAACAGGGAAUAUUUGCAUCGCAAGGCACGAAAGUGCAGUCGUCACUUGCGCUUGUCAGCUGGUAUAACAAGUGCCGAAGAUUUUUCAACCACCAACUCUUAAAAGCGGCUUCUGAAGACGUCUGGAUGGCAAAGGUUUACCUUGCGGCAUGGGGCUCCUUCACUGGGCUGUUCUCUCGGCCUUGUAUUCGCUCUCUUGGGCAUUGACUUCACCACCCGCUGGUGCUCUCGUUGUACGUCAGUCUGGCACAAAUUCUGGAGAAUAUAGUACCGUGAGUGCGGCCGUAGCUGCGUUGGGAUCGGGAACUGCCAGUAAAACUAUCUUUAUUUAUCCCGGCACCUACAAAGAACAAGUGGUCUUCAAAUAUGGAGGACCAUUGACUGUCUAUGGAUACUCAGCUAGCGACAAAUCAUACAAAUCCAACCAGGUGACGAUUACCAACAAUUUGAACGCGCAGGACAACGGUGGCAAUGAUGCCUGUGCGACCGUCCGAGCGCUCAGUAACAACCUCAACCUCUAUAAUGUGAACAUAGCCAACACCUAUGGAAAAGGAAAACAAGCCACCGCAUUGUCCGCCAGGGGUACCAAACAGGGAUUCUAUGGACUCCAGGUCACUGGUUAUCAGGACACCCUCCUUGCUGACGGUGGUAAUCAAUACUAUUCCAACUCUUUCAUCGAAGGUGCAGUUGACUUCAUCUAUGGCAAAUCUUCGGCAUGGUUCGGGGAAUGCAUUCUUUCCUCCAAUGGGCCUGGUGCUAUAACCGCCAAUUCAAGGGAAUCCCCGACGGACCCCGGAUACUAUGUAUUUGACUCUUCGGAUAUAACAAGUUCUACGUCUGGCUUGACGGGACAAGUCUACCUUGGUCGACCUUGGAGGGUGUUGGCACGGGUUGUGUACCAGCGAUCCAUCUUACCGGACACGAUCAAUCCAAAGGGAUGGACGACUAUGGCUGAAGGCGCAACACCCAUCUUCAUGGAGUACAUGAACACUGGUGCUGGUGCAAAUACUUCUCAACGACAGAUGGAAACGCAACAAGCUGCUCUCAUCACCCAUGAGCAAGUGUUGGGGAGUGACUACAAUACGUGGAUCGAUAGUAGUUUCUAAAUUCGCAGAUCACCGUUGGCUCUUUCCUAUACUUCAAUAGGAGAUUCAAUUGAUUCAAUAAAUGUAAACCUUAACUUGUUA